AUGGCCGAAUUUGCGGAUCUAUCGGGGUCUGUUCAAGGCGGGUCUGAUGCCGAUUUUGAGAAAUCUUGCCACCCAUGUUAUGGCCCUUGUUUUGACGAUGGACGCAGAACGGAAGCGACAAAAUACUGCCCACAGUGCAAGGAAUAUCUAUGCGCUGCAUGUACGCGAUGUCACACACGUCACACACGUUUCACAGCAACAAGAGACCACCAACUUACAGACCCAGUGAAACAUAAUGGUUCGGGAAAAAGGAAAAGGGCAAGGGCUAUUCUAAAUCCCAGCUGCAGUUUGCACACAGACAGAGAAAUUGAGAUGUUUUGUGGCUCGCACGAUAUGGUGUACUGUGCUCUAUGUAUCGCUAAAGACCGCAGAUUAUGUAAUAACGUAAGCGAGGUGGCAGAAGCCGCCAGAUGUAGAACAUUAGCGCAUACAUCUAUUGGAGACAAGAUUAGCUAUCUGCGAGACGAGCUGAUGGUUGCUAAGGAAGAGAAAAUAGGAAACUUACAAACCUUAGGGACGGAAAAGAAAGAGCAUUUUAUGAAAGUAAAACGAACAAGCAGGAAGAUUAGUUCUCGUAUUGAGAGGCUUAGGGAUGAAGCGUCCACCUCCAUAGAACGUAAAUACGAGAAAAUAGAGCAAGAACUUCAAGCCGACACCAUGACUAUCACUGAAGCAAUAGAACAAUUAGAUAAGUCUAGAGAGCAGAUUAGUUCUUUGGAAAACCUAAAUAAGACGCAAAGAUUAUGUAAUAACGUAAGCGAGGUGGCAGAAGCCGUCAGAUGUAGAACAUUAGCUCAUACAUCUAUUGGAGACAAGAUUAGCUAUCUGCGAGACGAGCUGAUGGUUGCUAAGGAAGAGAAAAUAGGGAACUUACAAACCUUAGGGACGGAAAAGAAAGAGCAUUUAAUGAAAGUAAAACGAACAAGCAGGAAGAUUAGUUCUCGUAUUGAGAGGCUUAGAGAUGAAGCGUCCACCUCCAUAGAACGUAAAUACGAGAAAAUAGAGCAAGAACUUUAA